AUGGUCAGAGGAAUGCUUCUGCACUGCAAAUCGCUAAGGCGGUUCAAGCACGGUGGUGGUUGGAUCAAAGCUCUGCUAGAAGAAGCCGAGAAUGAACGCAUGCACCUCAUGACCUUCAUGGAGGUUUUGCGGCCAAGAUGGUGCGGCCGUGCACUCGUCCUUGCAGUCCAGGGCGUCUUCUUCGAUGCCUACUUCCUGAUCUCUCCCAAAUUCACCCACCGAGUGGUUGGUUACCUCGAAGAAGAGACCACCCUGCAGUUCGAAACACACUCGUCCCUGGGGAAGAUCUCUAGAAGUAGCUUCUUGGCUUCUUUGAUAGAAAUCUCAAUUCAUUUUUAUGAAUCACCCUGA